AAUUUUCACUUUAAUUUAUCGCCAUUAUAUAAAGAAAAACAUAGUCAAGUGAGAUCUUGUUAGAAUCAUCUCGAUGCAUACUAUCAAAUUAUAAUUUUUUUUAUAGUUUUUACGCGUGUACAACUAAAGAUAUUAAUUAUUAAAGAACCGUGUUGGGUUGCGUGAAAAAGCAAACGUUUCAACGGAACGGAAGAAGUAUUGAUUUUUAGAAAUAAUAACAUGACAAUAAUGAGAUAAGAUUAACAUGGAUAAUUUUAAUAAAUGUCUCAUAAUGUUCAAAAUGUUAUUAUGACAAAUAGUAUGCAAAUUCUUGUAGCUAUUUUUAUAUGGCUCUAAACUGAAGAGUAAGUAAUACAUUAUUAUUCAUUUUUUAUAUUGAAACUAGCAUUUUCUUCAUUGAUUUAUGUUUUUAUGAUUCAGUUAAAUCAAUGGACAAGAUUAACCUAUAAAAUAAACGUCUUAGAUUUCAAUAUUUAUAAUAUCUAUAAUUUUAUUGUAACCAUUUAAUUUAAUAAUUAUCUUUUAAAAAAUUAUAUAUUCUCAUAAAAAGUACUUGUAUAUGUUUUCCAAAAAGGAUUACUAUUUCAAUAAAAAAAAAAUACUCCAUGUAAUUGUAUGACGUUUAUAAAAAAAAAAUAACCCAAAGAAGAAGAAUACAUAAAAAUUGCAGAAAGACGGUACGAUCGCAAAGAGGAUGUUUGUUGGUUGUAUGAAUGGAGUUUCAGGAAUGUUGUUAACACCAACGAACAAUUCUAAACGUGCGGCAAUGCAGAUCUGCUGUUCUUCCUCUUGUCCAGUAGGUAAAAAUAUGGUGUUUGAUAAUUUACUGAAUAAGAAUAAAGAGUAUGAAUAUGGUUUUAAGCACAAUUUGGAUUCAUUUACCAUAGGAAAAGGUAUAUCAGAAGACAAAAUUAGAUUGAUUUCUAAGUUGAAAGAUGAACCUAAUUGGAUGCUUGACUUUAGGUUAAAUUCAUACCAUAAAUUCUUAAACAUGGUGCAACCAAUUUGGUCUGAUAAUCAAUACCCACCUAUUGAUUUCCAGGACAUUUGUUAUUAUUCAUCUCCUAAGAAAAAACCCAAUUUGGAUAAUCUAGAUGAAGUUGAUUCUGAUAUGAUACAAUUUUUGGACAAGUUGAAUUUACCCUUAACUCAAAAGAAACGUCUUGGAACUAAUGUGGCUAUUGAUUUUGUUUAUGAUAGUGAAUCCUUUGGAACUGCGUAUACUGAUUCUAAGAGUAGGACUAGUUUGACAGAUGCUGGGGUGAUUUUUUGUUCCAUGUCGCGGGCUGUAAGGGAAUACCCUGAUUUGAUCAAGGAGUAUUUGGGUAAGGUUGUUCCUAAUAGUGAUAACUAUUAUGCUGCAUUGAAUUCUGCUGUGUUUAGUGAUGGAUCCUUCUGUUACAUACCAAAGGGUGUUAAGUGUGAGAUUCCACUUUCGACUUAUUUUAGGAUUAACGCGUCUGAAACUGGUCAGUUUGAGAGGACUUUGAUUAUUGCUGAUGAAGGUAGUGUUGUGGAGUAUCUUGAGGGGUGCACGGCUGUAGCUCAUCACUCAAAACAGCUACACGCGGCUGUUGUAGAGUUGUAUGCUGCUAGUGGUGCUCAGAUUAAGUACUCCACUGUGCAAAAUUGGUUUCCUGGUGAUGCUCAAGGAAGAGGAGGUAUCUAUAAUUUCGUCACAAAGAGGGGUUUAUGUGCAGGUCGAGGAUCAAAGAUAUCAUGGACUCAGGUUGAGACUGGAUCCGCCAUCACUUGGAAAUACCCUAGUGUUGUUCUAGAGGGUGAUGAAUCAAUCGGGGAGUUCUAUUCUGUUGCUGUUACUACCAAUCAUCAACAAGCGGAUACUGGUUCUAAGAUGAUACACAAGGGGAAAAAUACUAGGAGCCGGAUUAUUUCCAAGGGUAUAUCUGCUGGUACUUCUAGGAAUGUGUAUAGAGGUCUUGUGAAGAUUAUGAGUGGCGCAACUAAUGCUCGCAACUCAUCUCAGUGCGAUUCAAUGCUUGUUGGUGAUCAAGCUUCCGCCAAUACUUACCCUUACAUCGAGGCAAAGAACCCUUCAGUACGUGUUGAACAUGAGGCCAGUACUUCCAGAAUCGGCGCAGACCAGAUCUUCUACUUUCAACAGAGAGGAAUUGAUCAAGAGCAAGCUAUAUCUGUCAUGAUUAAUCAGUUCACCAAAGAUGUCGUCCCAAGGCUUCCAAAAGAAUUUAGUGCGGAAGCAAACCAAUUGCUGACUUUGAAACUUGAAAGAUCAGUUGGUUAGACAAUCUUAGCUAACCAGAUUGUUGUGGUCUGUAGGAAUAACUUAACUCAUUAACUAAUGUACUUACGUAGUAUGCAAAAGGCGGUGGCGAUUUUCAUUAUUGAGAGACAUCAAUAUACUUGUUGCACUUAUUGACAGUUUGGUGUUAGAUUUGUGAAUGAAAACUGAUUUAUGCAU